UAAUAAUAGUUAUGGAUCAAAUAUUCGAAAAAUAUCCAAAGAAUCAGUGCCGCCAUCGAACGUUCCAAAUAUGAACAAAGAUAAUGUAGCAGCCGAAAAUGUUACUAAUAGUAGUAGUAGUAGUAGUAGUUAUAAAAUAAAUAAACAACGAGAAUCAAAAACAACAACAACACAACCACCACUACGACAAUCUUCAUUAGAUUUGGAACUAAAAUUAUCGAAACAACAUGCUAUUCCAAAUGAUACAACCACAGUAUUGGAUAAACAUGUUGGUUCAACAAUUUCUAGCAGCAAUCGUAGAAGUGGCACAAUUACGACAAUAAUGAGCCAAUCGAAUUCGAGUCAAGCUAAACGGCAGCAAAUACAAUCAUCAACAACAUCAAUAGUAGCAACAGCAUCAUCAUCUUUGUCGUCGUCGUCGUCGUCGUUGUCGACGGAACAAAAAACCGCCGAAUCUAUCGUUGAUCUAUUGUCGAAUCAACAACAACAAUCAAUAGAAACCGGCCGGAUUGUUGGUGUAGGUGUAACGAAACGAACAAAAAUUCAAUCAACAACCAGAAAUAACACUGCCAUUUAUCGUGAUUAUAUCGAACAGCAACCAGUAUCAUCAAGUGAUAAAAAUUAUUUAGUUAAUAAUGAAUGUGAUUGCCAAAAUGUCAAUGAUUUAAAAUCAUCAUCGUUAUCAAAAGUGACCAAUGUUGAUUUAGAUGAAGCUGAUGCUGAUGACGAAUUUGAUGGUACCGAUGACGAAAACGAGAAUAAAACAACAACAAUUACGAAUGAUGAUAAUGAUAAUCGAUCAAAUUGUGGUAAUAAAAAGAAGAAAAAGUGUGAAACGAAACGUAAACAAGAAUUACAAGCUAAAAGUGUCGACAAAAAUUUAUUGAAACACGAAAUAAAAAAUACAAAUAUUAACAUUAAAUCAAAGAAUAUUCAACAUUUAUUUUCAACAAAAGACGAAGAUCUCAAUAAUUCUAGUGAAAAUAUGUCACGCCAAUCUAUUAAUGCUGCUGGUGGUGGUGGUGGUGGUAAUAAUAAUCGUACAUCAAAAUUAAGUAGCUCAGCUACCAUCAAUGAAACUAAUACCGUAAAAUCUAAAACCCAGAUGAACAACAAAAAAUCUGGUUUAGCUAAUAAUAAUAAGAAUAAAGAAAUUGCUCAAACUGCGAAUACCACCGUUGUUGUAGUUGAUACUAAGAAAAAUGAUUCGAAAACUAAUGAAGCUCAAAAAACAAUCGCAAACAAUAAUAAAAAGAAACGAAGACGUGUUAUCAACAAGACUGGAUUUACAAAGCCAAGAAAACGUAACAAAACUGUUGUUAAUACAAAAAACAAGAAUCAAAAUUCUAUGAAUCCAAUAAUGAUGGCCGAAGUUAAUGACAAUGAAACUAUGAUGAAAAAAAUUGUCAAAUCAAAAAGUCAAACAACAAAAAAUAAAAUGAAAAAAUCAAGUGAAUCAUCAUUAUCAUCAUCAUCAUCAUCAUCAUCAUGGUCAUCAUCUGAAAGUGAUGCAAGUAAAUCUAAUAAAAAGAAAUCCAAUAAAAAAAAUACAAAGCAGAAAUCAUCAAAUUUUUCAGAUUCCGAUUCUACAAGUAUACAUUCAUUUCCAACUGGACAAUCGACCACUGCAACAACAUCGUCGACAUCAAGUCAAGAAGAUGAUGAUCCAGAUUAUCCUAUCUAUAUGGUUACUGCUCCAUCAAAUAAACAGAAUAAUAGACAUAAAAAAGUUUAUCCCAUCAAAUCGAAUCCAUUUAUAAGGCCAAUUCCAUCGAAAAAAUAUUAUCAAGCUGGACUUUAUUCAGAAGAAUUUAUUCAAUUACAUUCUGAUGAAUAUUUUGCUUCAAAAACUAAUGAUAAUUCAACGACGACGAAUAAUGAUAAUGAUAGAUCUUUUUCGAAUGUUCUAGUCAAAACUGAUGAUGAUAAAUCCAAGACAACAACAUCAACUUCUGAAAGUGAUGACAAUAAUAAUAGAAAUGAUGCUCAAAAAUCAAUUGAUAACAAAACAUGGCCAAAGCCAAUAUUACCAUUUCCUCCGAUUUGCUUACCAUCGUCAUUUAAUUCAUCCAAAGAUGGAGAAAUCGAUAGUACAAAAUCUAAACAACAUAACAAUGAUUCGAUUCCUAGAAAAUUUCUUCCACAAGAUCCAAGUUUUCGACAAGAUUUUCAUCUCAGUUUCGAUAUCUGGUAUCAAUAUAAAUACAAUCCAUUUCCAUUGUUGAUGAGUUCUGCCAAUUAUCGUCGUGUACGUCAAAAUGUUUUUGUCGAUGUUAAACCUGUAGCCACUGAUUCACAACAAUCAUGUAGUUGUACAAUGCCAAGAAGCCCGAACGAAUCAGCAUGUGGUACCGAUUGUAUUAAUCGUAUGAUGUAUCAGGAAUGUUGGCCACAAACUUGUCCAGCAAAAGAUAAAUGUUCAAAUCAACGAAUUCAACGUCAUCAUUGGAGUCCUGGAUUAGAACGAUUCAUGACCAGGCAUCGUGGUUGGGGGAUUCGAACUACCGAAAAAAUUCAAAAAGGUGAAUUUAUUCUCGAAUAUAUUGGAGAAAUAGUUAGCGAUCGAUUGUUUUUGAAACGUAUGAAUGAACGCUACAAUAAUGAUCAACACCAUUAUUGUUUGAAAAUUGAGCCUGGUGUUGUCAUCGAUGGUUAUCGUGUUGGUAAUGAAGGUCGUUUUGUCAAUCAUUCUUGUGAACCAAAUUGCGAGAUGCAAAAAUGGGCCGUUAAUGGAUAUUAUCGAAUCUGCAUGUUUGCCUUACGAGAUAUUGAAUCAAUGGAAGAACUGUUUUAUGAUUAUAAUUUUCAUAAUUUCAACGUUGAAACCAAACAAAUAUGCCAUUGUGGUUCAUUGAAAUGUCGUGGUUUCAUCAAUGGAAAGAAUUCAUUAAAUCCAAAAUUAACGGGGAACAGUAAUGAAGCAGCAGGCUCGAUUCAAAUGGAUGUCGAUGUUGCUAGUGAAGAACCAACAAUUUCAACGGAGGAAACAAAACCAUUAAUUGAAUUUCCUUAUGCAUUUCUUAAAUCAUAUUCUCGAUUGCCUCCAAACGAUCCUCUUGGACGAAGUUUUCUGUUUGUUCGUCGUGCAACCAAAAAGAUCAAAGUGCCUGUCAGUAUUGUGAAAAAUGGUAAAAAUCUUCGAAAACAGGACAUCAUUUCACAACAAGAGAAUGUGGUCGAAAUUUCUUAUGAUCCAAUCAUGUUGAAAAGAAAAAUGGAACCACUUAGUUAUACGAAAAAGCAAAAAAUACUAAAGGAUUUAUUGUUUAUGAGAAGAAAUUUCGAAAAAACAAGACGAUUCUAUCUGGCAUUGCAAAACUAUUUAGAUAAUAAUCAAGAUAAUGAUCAAAAAAAUCUAUAUCGAAUCCGUUAUACAAGUGAUAAUAAUGGAAAUGGUUCCGAUUCUGAAUCUUCAACUAGUCGUCUAUUAUCUAGUAAUUGUUCUAUUAAAACUCGUGGCAUUUCACGUGUGGGCAAUGAUCCGAAUACAAAAAUUUUGAAACUUACACAGAUUUACUCAAACAUUUGCCGUGAAAUUGGUUUGUUUAUAUUGAAUAAAGUAUACUCAACCAUUUUCAAAGGUUAUCAUUAUGAUAAGAAUGGUAUUCCAAAAAAUGGUGGUGAAGAUUAUGUCAAUAAUGACAAUAAUAAUCAUGGAGCUGUCAAACGAAAACGAAAUAAAAUUAAUGAACAUGAAAAUGCUAUUAAUAAUAGUUUGAUCAGCUUCACUCCGCUUAUUGAUCAAAUUAGGACUGGAAAAUUGAUACAGAUCGACGCAUUUGAACGGAAUAUUAUUUCACAUAUAAAAGAACAGCUACAAGAAUUUCGUUUGGAUAUUACCAAUGGAAAUAGUAAAUUGAAGAAACUUAAAUUAACUAAAAAUGGAUACAAUACAGCCACUACGACAAAUGGAAAAAGAUCAAAAUCACCAUCGGAAUCGACAAAUACUUUAGACAAUGAUGAUUUUACCUUUAUUCGUAUUAGCUGUGAUGAAAUUGAUUCCAUGGAAAGUGAUGCAUACAAAUUGUUGUCGGAUAAGCUGAAAGAAAAACAUUCAAUCAUAAAGGACAUUGUUGAUACGGAAAAUGAUUCAUCAGCAGCACUAUGCAAUGGUAGCAAGAAUAUUUUUGGUGAAAAAUUCAAAGGAACUAAAUUGACCGAAAUGAAUCGAAAAAGAAUGAACAAAUUCAUUGGAGUAUUGGAAUCGAAUGAACCGAUUCGAAUAUCUGAACAUUUUUCUCUUCCACGAAUUGUAGAAUCGUUUAUUCCUAAAAAGUUAAAGAAAGAAAAUGAUGGAAAUUCCGAAACCACUAGUGAUUCAUUAAUUCAACAACAUUUACAGAUUAAAGAAAAGAAUAAUGAAGAAGUGAUUCGUUGUAUUUGUGGAAUUCUCCGAGAAGAAGGUCAAAUGAUUCAAUGUGACAAAUGCGAGAUUUGGCAACAUUUUGAUUGUGUUCAACAAUUUUCUGAAGUCAAUCUCAAUGAAAAUGAAUACGUUUGUGAAGUUUGUCAGCCUAGACCUGUGCCAAAGGAUAUACCAUUGCCUAAUAAUCUGCCAAAUUUUGAUAUGCCAUUUCCAAUGAAUUAUUAUCUAACAUUGGAAUCUCCAAUCGAAAAGGGUCUUCGAAUUCGACUUGGUGAUUGUGUUUAUAUAUACCGUCAAUCACCGAAUCCUGUGACAUCGAAACAAUUAUCCGGAAAAAAGAAUGCUGAACAACAAAUAGAUGGUGAACAUUUUAUUGAAACAAUUAGAACAGCAGCUGAUAAUGCUAUCAAAACACGAUCACAUCCAUUCGAACGCCAACAAUGUAUCAUUAUUCGUGUUCAACAUUUGGCCAUCAUUAAAAAUACUGGACAACGAAUUUUAUUUGGCCAUCAUUAUAUUUGGCCUUCGGAAACUUAUCAUGAACCAACACGUAAAUUCUAUCCAAAUGAAUUGUUACGAUCACCACUUUGUGAAUGGGCAGCAAUGGAAGAGGUGCGAAAAACCUGUAUGGUUUUAGAUCCAUCCACCUAUACAAAAGGUCGACCAAUCGGAUGACCAAAAGAUGUAUUCAUUUGUGAAAUGCGUGUUGAUCGUGGUGCCAAAUCAUUUAGUCGAAUCCCGAAAUCGGCACAUUUUCCAGUCAAUAUUAAGAGCUAUGCAUUUGAAAUGUAUCCUGAAAAAUUGAAAAUCAAAAGAACUUAUUCUCCACACCAAGUGCCAGAACCAGUUGCAAAGAAAACAAAAUCUAAUCGUAAAGAUAACCACCAUGGCAAUAAGUUUGAUGAAAAUAUCGAUCAACAGGAUGACAAUACUCGAUCAUCUACAACUUCAGCUAUUAUUACAAAGGUUCCUGAAAUUGACGAAAAGACAAAAAAUACAAAAUGAUUCGAUUAUGGAAAUUGACCAAUAAACUGAAUGAACAGGCAUAUUAUCAGGAAUUGUUAAAAGAACAACAGCAACAAAAACCAGAAUCGGAAUUGUAAACUGUGUGUGUGUUGUGUAUGUAAUGAACGAUGAAAUUUGCAAAUCGACAAUUGUAGAUAAUUACAUUUCACAUCAUCAUUAUUCAUUAAUUUUUUUUUUGCCUCAUAUCGAUUCGAUUCUAAUUAUCAAUUUUUUUUCUCUGUAUACAAACGCAUUUUCUCAAUUCACUUCAUCAUCACAUUAUGUGUGUUCAAAACAUCAAUCAUGUAUGAAUGAAUCACACGCGCCAUACACAAUCGACCAGUAUUUUUUUCAUAUAUUUUAUAUUUAUAUAUAUUUUGUAUAUUUUAUUUGGCAUGUAAAAA